AUGAAUGCACGCGUGGGUAAACCGGCAAUAAUUUAUAGUCCCACAUUUUUCUCUCAUCGGCAUGGAUAUAAAAUGGCAUUGGUUUUCGCACCGUAUGGUGAUGGCGAUGUUUCACUAACGAUUACUCCACGUAUAACAGAAAAUAAUCUAUUGUUUCUUGAUCGGCCAAAAGCAGAUCGCAAUCCUGCUUUCGGUUUAAAGAGUUUCGUUGAUCUGCGCUUUAUGAAAUCCAAAGAUGAAUUUGUUCGUGACGAUUGUUGCUUUAUUCGCGUUGACGUUGAUCUGUCACCUAUAUAUGAUUAUAUAUGA